AUGGUGCCUCCCGGGGAGCCGGGGCUGCUGGCCUGCGGCGGGGCAGAUGACCUGGCUGCCCUGGAGGAGCUGGACGAGGCGAGGUUGCUGCAGAAUCUGAGCAGCCGCUUCCUGCAGCAGCGAGUCUAUACAUAUAUUGGGGACAUUCUGAUUGCGGUGAACCCGUUCCAGAGUCUUCCGCUCUACGAGAAACCAGUAUCCGAGAAAUAUCAGAACCAUGACAAGGGCACCCUACCCCCCCACAUCUUUGCUAUUGCUGACAGAGCAUACCAGGCCAUGCUGGGGCAUCUGGCAACAGGACCUCAGAACCAGUGUAUCGUCAUCAGGUAA